ACAAAAGAGAUAUUCCCAAAUGUUGAAGAAAUUUUCCACAGCAAAUGUAGCUAAACAUCUCACAGAUAAGAGAUAAAUUGGAAUAAACAGCUGUCAGUGUUAAAUAAAUAUCCUGGAUAAUGUGCAGGACAGAAAUAACUACAGCAUCGUCAAACUUCUUUCUUCACUUUAUUUAGCUGUUCUUGCAUGUAGCUCCCAAUCUUUCCACUGCUCCAGUUAGUGAAGCAUUUAUUUUUGAGUCAGCUGCAUUUCUUAAGACAGUAACAACGAAAGGCAUUUCCUGAGAAGCUGCAAGGAUGGGCAGCAAGAAAGAACAACAGCUAAGAAAAUAUGGGACCCUUGUAGUGCUUUUUAUCUUCCAGGUUCAGAUUUUUGGUUUUGAUGUUGACAAUCGACCUACAACAGAUGUCUGCUCAACACACACAAUUUUACCUGGACCAAAAGGGGAUGAAGGUGAAAAGGGAGACAGAGGAGAAGCAGGCAAACAAGGAAAGGUUGGACCAAAAGGACCAAAAGGAAAUGAAGGACCAGUGGGGGAUGCUGGUGACCAGGGAAUGCUUGGGAAAAUUGGCCCAAUUGGUGGCAAGGGUGACAAAGGAGCCAAGGGCUUAUCAGGGGUUCCUGGAAAAAAAGGAAAAGCAGGCACGGUCUGUGACUGUGGAAGAUACCGCAGAUUUGUUGGACAACUGAAUAUAAAUGUUGCUCGUCUUAAUACAUCCAUCAAGUUUGUAAAGAAUGUAAUAGCAGGUAUCAGGGAGACAGAUGAGAAAUUCUAUUACAUCGUGAAAGAAGAGAAGAAUUACAGAGAAGCCUUGAUCCACUGCAGGGACAGAGGAGGAACACUGGCCAUGCCUAAAGAUGAGGCAACCAAUGCCCUGAUUGCCGACUACAUUUCCAGCAGUGGUCUCUUCCGAGCCUUCAUUGGGCUGAAUGACAUGGAAAAAGAAGGACAGUUUGUGUAUGCAGACAACAGCCCACUGCAGAACUACAGUAACUGGAAGCAAGGGGAGCCUCAUGACCCAGCUGGCCAUGAGGACUGUGUGGAAAUGCUCAGCACAGGAGAGUGGAACGACUCUGAGUGCCAAGUCACCAUCUACUUUGUAUGUGAAUUCCUCAAGAAGAGGAAAUAAAGGUGCCAGAGAAUGUGCCUGGCACCUGCUGUGUAUACAAUAACCCAUCCUCAUUCAUCUGCUGUAGAGAGAGCAAACCAAGGAUAGCAAACUAGGGAUAGGACCGAAUCCAGCCUUCACGUCACCGGGUUAAACAAGAGUAGCUAAGGUUUAGUCAUCAGUGACGAUAAAGUCAGCAAAGAUUUGCAGAGGGCAUCCAGCCAGUUGUGAAUUUUUGUUUCAUUUAUACAUGCAUUUUAGGUUGGGCAUUUCUUUGUGUAAUUUAGGGGUAAAUUUAGAGCAUGCAGAGGUGAAUAUAAUUUCACCAAUGCCAGAAAUAGUAAGCUCAUUGGUAUAUUAAUCACUGAUGUGAUUUGCAAAGUCCACAAAGUGGAAAAAAAGUGAAAGAGUAUGAUUUUCACUAAUCUCUGACCUGUGCAGGAAGUCCCAGCAACCUCCCUGGUGACUUCAGAGCUGGGAGAAGAGAUUUACAGCUUCUCUUGAAAAAAUCCUUCUUUUGUUAGAAUCAUAGAGUAAUCUGAGUUGGAAGGGAUCUCUGGAAGUAAUCUGGUUGAAUCAUCCAUGCAAAGCAUGGCCAACUUCAAACUUAGAAGUUGGAAUAUUCCCUUAAUUUGGCUGUGCAAUUAUAUUGCCUGAUAUGCAUUUAUCUGGACUUCUGCAAAGCCUUUGAAAUGGAUGCCCACAACAUCCUUCUCUUUAAAUUGGAGUGAGAUGGAUUCUCUGGGUGGACUAUUAAAUGAAUAAAGAAUUGGUUGGACUGUGA